AUGCUUGUGCGUUCCUUCUGGCGUGUGUUUGUGCUCUCCGACUUGAACGUCCAGUGCGUCCAGGUGCGCCACGUGGUCGUGCCCCAGCUCUUCAUGGUCCACCGUCACCACUUUGACCUCGCCGAGACCGAGACUGAGCAGAAGCUUCUCAAACCCGGCAAAGUCCAGUCGACCGCGAGAGCCGUGACGAGCGAACAGCUGCUGGAUGUAGAAGUGCUGCUCCUGCUCCAGGGAGGCGCCGGCAGGUGUCUGUGCGCCGCGGGAGCCGUUAUGGUGAUGGUGGUGAUCGUGUUCAGAAUAUUGACGUCCUCCCGCCUCGACACUUUCACCGUCGCCGCCGCUGAGGCGUGUGGAACAUCGCCGUUUUCCUCCGAAAGCAGCAGGAAGUCUGGAACCUGCUCCAAAACUGCGGACUCUGAAACUGCGGACUCUGAGUUGGUGGGGGUGGGUGGUGUGUGGGGGGAGGGUGGUGGUUGUGUGGUUGUGGGUGUUGGUUGUGAUUGUGUGGGUGGUGUGUUGGGGGGGGGGGGGGGGUUUGUGGGGGGGGGGGGGUGGGGUGGGGUGUUGGUUGGGGUGGGGGGGGGUGGGUGUGGUUUGGGGGGGGGGGUGGGUGGGGGGGGGGGUUGUGUGGUGGUGGUGGGUGGGGGGGGGGGGGGGUGGGGGGGGGUUUUUGUGGGGAUGUGUGGGGUUUGGUUGUUGGGGGGGGGGGGGUGUGGUGUGUGGGUGUUGGGUUUUUUUUGUUUUGGGUGGGUGGUGUGGGUGGGGGUUUGGGGGUGUUUGGGUUUGGGUGUGUGGGGGGUGUGGGGUUGGGUUUGGGGGGGGGGUGGUUGGGGGUGGGUGGGUUGUGUGUGUGUGGGUGUUGGGGGGGGGGGGGGGGGUUGGUGUGUGGGGUUGGGGGGGUGGGGGGGGGGUUUGUGGUUGUUGGGUGUGUUGGUGGGGGGUGUUGGGGUGGGGGUUGGGGGUGGGUGGGGGUUGUGGGUGGGGUGGGGGGGGGGGGUGUUGUGUGUGGUGUUGGGUGUGUUGGUUUUUUUGUGGGGGGGUGUGGGUUGUUGGGGGUGUUGUGGGGGUGGGUGGUGGUGUGGUGUUGGGGGGUGGGGGGGGGGGGUUUGUGGUGGGUGGGUGGGGGGUUGGUUGGGUGGGGGGGGGUGUGUGGUUUGGGGGGGGGGGUGGGGGGGGUGGGGGGGGUUGGGGGUUUGGGGGGUGGUGUUGUGGUUGGUGUGUGUUGGGGGGGUUGGGGUGUGGGUGUGUUUGGGGUGGUUUGUGUGGGUGGUGUGGUGGGGGGGUUGGUGGGGGUUGUGUGGUGGUGGGGGUGUGGUGGUGGGGGUGGUGGGGGUGGUGGGGGUGUGUGGGUUGGUGGGGGUGGUUUGGGGGUGGGGGGGGUUGUGGUGGGGGUGUUUUUGGUGGGGUGGGGGGGGGGGGGGGGGGGGGGGGGGUUGGUGGGGGUGGGUUGUUGGUGUUGGGGUUUGUGGGGGGGGGGGUGGGAGGGGGGGGGGGGGGGGGGUGGGGGGGGUUUGGGGGUGGGUGUUGGGUGGGGUUGGUGUGGGUGGGGGUGGGGGGGGGGGGGGUGGUGUGGGGUGGUUGUGGGGGUGGUUGUUUUUUUGUUUGGGGGGGGGGGGGGGGGGGGGGGGGGGGGGGGGGGGGGGGUUGUGUUGGGGGGGUGUGGUGUGUUGGUGGGGGGGUGGUGGGGGGGGGUUGUGGGGGGGGGGGGGGGGGGGGGGGGGGGGUUGGGGUGUUUGGUGGUGUGGGUGGGGUGUGGGGGGUGGGGGUGGGGGGGGUGGGGUGUGUGUGUGUGGGGGGGUGGGGGGUUGUGGGGUGGGGGGUGGGUGGGGUGUGAUUGUGGGGUGGGGGGGGGUGGGGGGGGGGGGGGGGGGUUGGGUUGGGGGUGGGGGGGGGGUGUGGUGUGUUGGGUGUUUGUUGGGUGGUGGGUUGGGGGGGGGUGUGGUGGGUUUGUUGGGGGGGGGGGGGGGGUUUGGUUUGUUUGUGGGGGGGGGGGGUUUGGUGGUGGGUGUUUGUUUGGGUGGGGGUGUGGGGUGGUGGUGGUUGUGUGUGGGUGGGGUGUUUGGGUGUGUGUGGGUGUGUGGGGGGUGUUGGUUGGUGGUGGUGGGUUUGGUGGGGUGUGUGGGGGUUGGGGGUGUGGGUUGGUGUGUUUUUGGUGGGGGGUGGGUUUGUUUUUGUGGGGGGUGGGUUGGGGGGGUGUGGGGGGGGGGGUGGGGGGGGUGGGUGGGGGGGGGGGGUGGGGGGGUUGGGUGGGGGGUGUGGUUGGUGGGUGGGGGGGGGGGGUGGGUGGGUGGGGGGGGGGGGGGGUGGAGGGGGGGUGGUGGGGGGGGGGGGGGUGGGGGGUUGGGGGGGUGUUGUGGUUGUGGUGGUGUGUGGGUUGUGGUUGGUGGGUGUUGGUUGGUGUUGUUUGUUUGGUGGGGGGUGGUGUUGUGUUGGUGGUUUUGUGGUUGGUGGUGUGUGGUUGUGGUUUUGUGGUUGGUGUGUUGGUUGGUGGUGUUGUGGGUUUGGUUGGUGUGUGUGUUGGUGGUGUUUGUGGUUGGUGGUUUGUGUGUGGGUGGUGUUGUUGGGUGUUGUUGUGGUUGGGUGGUGUUGUGUUGGUGGGUGUUUGGUUGGGUGUUUUUGUGGUUUGGGGUGGUGUUGUGGUUUGGUGGUUUUUUGAGUUGGUGGUGUGUGGUUGGUGUGUUUUGUGUUGGAUUUGUUGUAUGGGUUUGGGGGUUUGUGUGUUGGGGGGUUGGGGGGGGGUGGGGGUUGGUUGGGUGGGGGGUGGUUGGUGGGGGUUGUGUUGGGGGGGUGGGUGGGGUGUGUGUGGGGGGGGUUGGUGGGGGGGGGGGUGUUGGGGUUUUGGUGGUGUGGGUUGUGGUGUUUGGGUUGUGGUGGUGGUGUGGGUGUUGUGGGUGUGUGGGGGUGUGGUGUGGUUGGUGUGUGUGGGUGGGAGGUGUGGUUGGGUGGGGGGGGUUGGGGGGGGGGUUGUGGUGUUUUGGUGUGUGUGUUUUGUGGUGUGUUGUGUGGUGGGUGUGGGGUUGUGUGUGGUGUGUGUGUGGUGUUGUGUGUUUGUUGGUGGGGUGUGUGGUGUGUGUGUGUGGUGUGUGUGUGUGUGGGUGUGUGUGGUGUGGGGUGUGGUGUUGUGUGGUUUGUUGUGGGGGUGUGUGUUGGUGUGUGCGGGUUUUGUGGGUGUGUGUGGGUGUGUGUUGUGUGUGUGUGUGUUGUGGGUUGUGUUGGUGUUGUGUGGGUUGUUGUGUUGUUGUGUGGUGUGUUGGUUGUGUGUGGGUGUGUGUGGUGUGUUGGUGUUGUGUGUGUUGUGGUGUGUUGUGUGUUGUGUGUGUGUGUGGUGUGUUGUUGUGUGUGGUUUGUUGUGUGUGUUGUGUGUGUGGGGUUUUUUGUGUUUUGGGUGGUUGGUUGGGGGUGUUUGGGGGGGUGUUUGUGGGUGGGUUGGGUGUUGGGUUUUGGUUGGUGUUUGGGGUGGGUUGGGGGUGUGGGGGGGUUGUGGGUGGGGUGGGGGUGGUUUGGGGGGGGGGGUUGGGGGUGGUGGGGGGGGGUGUGGGGGUGUUUGGGGGUGGGUGUUGGGGUUUGGGUGGUGGUGGUGGGGGUGGUGGUUGUGGUGGUGGGGGGUGGGGGGGGGGGGGGGUUGUUUGGGGGGUGGGGUGUUGGUGUGUGGGGGUUUGUUGGGUGGGGGGUGUGGGGGGGGUGGGGGGGGGUGGGUUUGUGGGGGGGUUGGGGGGGGGGGGGGUGUUGGGGGGUGGGGGGGGGUGUGGGGGUUUUGGUUUUGUGUUGGGGGGGUUGGGGAUUGGGGUUUUUGGUUGUGUUUUGUGGUGUGGUGUGGGGGGGGGGUUGGGGGUGUGGGGUGGGUUUUUGGUGGUUUGGUUGUUGUUUGGAUGGGGGGUUGGGGGGGGGGGGGGGGGGGGUUGGGUGUGGGGGUGGGGGUGGUGGGGGGAUGGGGUGUGUUGGUUGGGAUGGGUGGUGGGUUGGUGUUGUAGUUGUUGUUUUGUGUGUGUGGUUUGGUUGGGUUGGUGGGGUGGGGUGGUGGUGUUGUGUUGGUUUUGGGUGGUUGGUGGUUGUGGGUGUUGGGUGGUGGGUGGGGGGGUGGGGGUGUGUUUGGGGGGAUGGUGUUGUGGGGUUUUUGUUGGGUGUGGGUUGGGUGUGGGGGUUUUGGUUUGGGGGUGGUGGGGGGGGGGGGUGGAGUUUGGGGGUGGGUGGGGGUUUGUUUGGGGGGGGGGGGGUGUGGUGGGGGUGUUUGGUUGUGUGUUUGGGGGGGUAUGUGGGGGGGGGAAGGUGGUUUUUGGAUGUUGUGGGGGUGUUGUGUGUUGUGGGAAGGUGUGUUGGGGGUGUGGUGUUGUGGGUUGGGGGGUUGUUGUGGAAUUGUUGGUUGGUUGUUUGGGGGUGGGGGGGGGGGGGUUGUGUUGGGUUUUGUGGGGUGGUUGUGGUUGGGGGGGGGGGGGUGGUUGGGGAUGGGGUGGGGGGUUGUUGUGGGUGUGGGUGGGGGGGGAGGUGUGGGGGGUGGUGGUGGAGGGGGGGGUGGGUGGGAUGAGAGGUUUGGGGGGGUUGGGGGGUUUUGUGGGUGGUGUGGGUUUGGUUGUGGUGGGGGUGUAUGUGAAGGUUGGUGGUGGUGGGGGGGUUGUUUUUGGUGUGUUUUGGGGGGGGAUUGGGGUUGUGGGGUGUGUGGGUGGUGGGGGUGGGGGGUGUUGGGGUGUUUGGUUGUUUGGUGGUUGUGAGUGUUUAGUUAGUGGUUGGUGGUUGGGGUUUUGGGUGUUUGGGGGGGGGGGGUGGGUUUUUUGUGUGAUUUUUGUUUGUUUGAGGUGUGGUUGUAUGUGGGGGGGGGGGGGGGGUGGUGUUUGUGUUGGUGUUGGGGGGGUGUGGGUUGGGGGGUGUGGGUUGGUGGGAUGGGGGUUUGUGGGUUUUAUGGGGGGGGGGGGGUUGUGGUGGGUUGUUGUGGUUGUUUGGUGGGUGUGGGGUGUUGUUGUGGUGGUGGUGGGGGGGGGUGGGGGUUUGGGUGGUGGGUUGUUGUGGGGUUGGUUUGUGGGUGUUGGUUUGUGGUUGUGGGGGUGGGGGUGGGUGUUUUGUGGUUGGGGGGGUGGGGGUUUGUGGGGGGUGUUUGUUGGUUGGUUGGGUGGGGGGGGGGUGGGGGGGGGGGGGGGUGUGGGGUGGUUGUUUGGUUGUAGUUUGGUUGGGGGUGUUUGUUGUGUUUGUGUGGGUUGGUGUUGGUGGUGUGGGGGGGGGGUGUUGUGUUGGGUUGUUUUGGUUGGGGGUUGGUGUGGGGUGGGGUGGGGUGUGGUUGAUGGGGUGUUGGGGGGGGGGUUUGUGGGGGUUGGGGGGUUGUGGUGUGGGUUGGGGGGGGGUGGGUUGGGUGUUGGUGUUGGUGUUUGUGGGGGGUGGGUGUGGGGGUGUUUGUGGGGGGGGGGGGGGGGGGUUGGGUGGGGUGUUGGGGGGGUGGGGGUGGGUGGGGUUGGGGGGUUGGGUGUGGUUGGGUUGGGUGGUGGGUUUUUUUUUGUGUUUGAGGUGUUGUGUUUGGUUGGUUUGUGGGGGGGGGGUGGGUGGUUGUUUGGGUUGUUUUGGUGGGGGUGGGUGUGUUGUAUGGGUGGUGGGGUGUGGGGGGGGGGGGGUGGGUGGGUGGUUGUGUUGUUUGGUGGUUGUUGUGGGGGGGGUUGGGUGUUGGAGUGGUGGGGUUGGGGUGGGUGGGGGGGGUUGGGUGGGGGGGUGGGGUGGGGUGUUUGUUUGGGGUGGGGGGUUGGGGGGGGUGGGGGGGGGGGUGGGGGGGGGGGGGUUUUUGGGGUUGUGGGGGGGGGGGGGUGUGUGGGGUGGGGGGUUUGUGUGGGUGUUUGGGGGGGUGGUGGUGGGUUGUGUUUGGGUGGUUGUGUUUUUGGGGGGGUUGUUUUGGUGGGGGGUUGGGGGGGUGGUUGUGUGGUUGUGUUUGGGGGGGGGUGGGGUGGGGGGGGGUGGUGUUUGGGGUGGGGGGGUGUGUGGUGGGGGGUGGGGGGUUGGGUGUUGGGUGGUGGUGGUGUUGGGGGUGUGUGUUGUUGUUGUUUUGUUGUUGUGGGGGUUUGUGUUGGGGUUGGGGUGGUGUGGGGUGGGGGGUGGGGUGGGGGGGGGUGUGUGGGUUGGUGGGGGUGGGGGGGGGGGGUUGGGGUGGGGGGGGUGGGGUGGGGGGGGGGUGGGGGGGGUUUGGGGGGGGUGGGGGGUGGUGGUUUGGGUGGUUUUGGUGUGUUUGUUGGGGUGGGGGUGGGUGGGUGGGGGUUGGGGGUGGGGGUGGUGGUGGGGGGUUGGGGGGGGGGUUUUUUGGUGGGUGUUUUUGUGUUUUGUUUUUGGGGUUGGGUGUGUUUGUGGUUGUUGUGUUGGGGUGUGGUGGGUUGGGUUUGUUGUGUGGGGUGGUUGGGGGGUUUGGUUUGGUUGUGUGGGGUUUGGGGGGGGGGGUGGUGUUGGUUGUUUGUGUGUUUUGGGUUUGUGUGUUUGGUGUUGGGGGGGGGUUUGGGGGGGGGGGUUUUUUUUUUUUUUUUUUUGGGGGGGGGUUGGUUGGGUUGUGGGUUGUGUGGGGAGUGUGGUGGUUGGUUGUUGUGGUUGGGAGGUUGUUGUGGUGUUGUGGUGGUGAGUGUGUGGGUGGGUUGUGUGGGGGGGGGGGGGGGGGUUGUGUUUGGGGGUGUUGGGUGUGUGGGUUGGUGGGUGUUGGGUGUGUGGUGGGGGGGGGGUUGGGGGGGGUGGGGUUGUUUGGGGGGGGUUGGGGGGGUGGGGGGUGGGGGUUGGGGGGUUGGGGGGUUGGGGUGGUUUGGUUGGGGGUUGGUUGGUGGUGGGUGGGGGGUUGGGGGUUGGGGGUUGGGGUUGGGGGGUUGGGGGUUGGGGGGUUGGGGGUUGGGGGUAGGGUGGUUGGUGGUUGGGGGUUGGGGGUUGGGGGGUUGGGGGGUUGGGGGUGUUGGGGGUGGGGGUUGGGUGGUUGGGGGUUGGGGGGUUUGGUGGGUUGGGGGUUGGGGGUUGGGGGGGUGGGGUGUUUUUGGGUUGUGGGGUUGGGGGGGGUUGGGGGGUAGGGGGUGUGUUGGGUGGUGUGUGGUUUGGGUUGUGUGUGGUGUUUUGGUUGUGGUUGGUUGUUUGUUGUUGUGGGGUUGGUUGUGUGGGUGGGUGUUGGGGUUGUUGGGGUUAGAUUUGGGGUGGUUUUUGUGUGGGUGUGGUUUUGUGUUGGUGGGGGGGGGGGGGGUUUGUGGGGUGGGUGUGGUGUGGUUGUGGGGUGGGGGGGUGUGUGGGGGGUGGGUUGGUGUGGGGUGGGUGGGUGUGUGGGUUGGUGGUGUUGUGUGGUGGGGUUUGGUUGGGGUUUUGGUGGGUGGGUUUGUGUGGUUUGGUGGGGGUGUGGUUGUGUGGUGGGUUUGGUGUGGGGUUUGGUGUGGGGUUUGGUUGGUGGUUGGUGGUGGGGUUGGUGGGUGGGUUUGUGUGGGGUUUUGUGGGGUGGGUUUGUUGUGGGGGUUUUGGUGGGUGGGGGUUGGGUGGUGGGGUUUGGUGGGUGGGGUUUGGUUGGAGGGGUUUGGUGGGUGGGUUUGGUGGGUGGGGGUUUUGGUGGGUGGGGGGUUGGUGUGUUGUGUGGGGGUGGUGUUUUGUGGUGGGGGGGGUUGGGUGGGGGGGGGGGGGGGGGGUGGUUGGGGGGAGGUGGGGUGGGGGGUGGGGGGUGGGGGUUUUUGGGGGUGGUGGGUGGGGGUGGGGGGGGUGGUGGGUGGUGUGGGUUUGGGGGUGUUUGGGGGGGGGUGGGUGGUGUGGGUUGGGGGGGGGGUGUGGGGGGGGUUGGGGUUGUUGGGGUGUGUUGGUUGUGUGGGGUUGUUUUUUGGGUUUGGGGGGGGGGUUGGGUGGUGGGUGGGUGGGUUGUGUGGUUUGGGGGGGGGUGUUUGGGUUUGGGGGGUUUUGGGGGUGGGGUGGGGGUGGUUGGUGGGGGGUUGGUGGGGGGGUUGUGGGGGGGGGGGUGUUGGUGGGUGUGGUGGGGGGUGUGGGGUUGGGGGGUUGUGUUUUGGGGGGUGUUGGGGUGGGGGGGGGGUUUUGGGGGGGGUUGGGUGGGUGUUGGGGGGGGUGGUGGUGGGGGGGGGUGUGGGGGGGGGGGGGGGGGGUUUUGGGGGUGGGGGGGGUUGGGGGGGGUGGGGUUGGGGGGGUUGUGUGGGGGGGGGGGGGGUGGUGUGGGGGGGGUGGGGGGGUUGGGGGGGUUUGGGGGGUGGGGGGUGGGUUGUUGGGUGGGGGUGGGUUGGUGGGUGUGGGGGGUGGGGGUGUUGGGGUUGUUGGGUUGGUUUUGGGGGUGUGGUUGGUGUGGUGGUUUGUGUUGGGUGGGGGGGGGGGGGGGGGGGUUGGUUGGUGGUGGGGGUGUUUUUGGGGUUGGUGGUGUGGUGUUGUGUUUGGGGUGUGGUGUUGUUUGGGGGGGGGGGGGUGGGGGGGUGGGUUGUGGGGUUUUUUGGGGUUGUUUGGGGGGUGUGUGGUGGGGGGGGGGGGGGGGGGGGGGGGGUGGGUGGUGGUUGGGGGUGGGUGGGGGGGGGGGGGGGGGGGGGUGGGGGGGUGGGGGGGGGUGGGUGUGGGGGUUUUUGGUGGGUGGGUGUGGGUUGGGUUGGGGGUGGGGGUGGGGGGGUUGGGGGUUUGGGGGGGGGUUGGGGGGGGGUGUUGGGGGUGGGUGUUGGGGGGUUUGUUGGGGGUGUGGGUGGGGGGUUGGGGGUUGGGGUGGGGUGUGUUGUGGUUGGGGUGGGGGGGGGGGGGGUUGGGGGGGUUGGGGGGGUUUGUGGGGGUGGUGUGGUUGUGUGGGGGGUUGGGGGGGGGUGGGGGGGGGGUGUUUGUGGGGGGGGGUGGUGGUUUUUUUGUUGGUGUGGUGUGGUUGGGGGAGUGUGUGGGUUUUUGGUUUGGGUGUGUGUGUGGGUGGGUUGGGUUUUGAGGGGGGGGGGGGGGGGUGGGGGGGGGGUGGGGUGGGUGUGGGUGGGUGGGGGUGGGUUGGGGGGGGGGGGGGUGGUGGGUUGGUUUGGUGGGUUUAGGGGGGUGUUUGGUGGGGUGUGUGGGGGGGUUGGAGGGGGGGGUGUGGGGGGUGGUGGUGUUGUUUGGUGGGGGGUUGGGGGGUGGUGUGUGGGGGGGUUUGGGGUGGUUGUUUUGUUUGUGGGGUGUGGUGUUGGGUGUUUGUUGGUUGGGUGGUGUUGGGGGGGGGGGGGGGGUUUUUGGGGGGGUGGGUGGGUUUGGUGGGGUGGGGGGGUUGUGGUGUUGGGGGGGGGGGUGGGGGGGUGGGGGGUUGUUGGUGGUGUGGUGGGGGGGGGGGGGGGGUGGGGGGGGGUUGGUGGUGGUGGUGUGGGGUGGUGGUGGGGGGGGGGGGGGGUGGGUUGUGGGGUGGGGGUGGUUGGUUUUUGUUUGUUGGGGUGGGUGUGUGGUGGGGGGUGGUGGGGUGUGUUGGGUUUGGGUGUGUGGGGGGUGUGGGGGUGGUGUGGGGGUGGGUUGGGUGGUGGGUUGGUGUGUGUGUGGGGUGUGGGGGGGUGGGGGGGUUGGGGUGUUUUGGGUUUGUGUGGGGUGGGGGGGGGGUUGUGUGUUUUGGGUGGUGUGUUGGGUGGGGGGGGUUGGUGGGGGGUUUGGGGUGGUUGUGGGUUGUGGGUGGGGUGGGGGGGGGUGGUUGUGUGUGUGGUGUUGGUGGUUUGUUUGUGUUGUGUGGGGGGUGUUGGGUGGUUGAGGGGGGGGGGUGUUUGUGGUGUGGUGUGGGUGGGUGGUGUGGGGGGGGGGGGGGGGGGUUUUGUGGGGGGGGGUGGGGGGGGGUGGGGUUUGGUUUGGGGUGGGGGGGGUGGGAUUUGUGUUGGGUGUGGGGGGGUUGGGGGGGUGGUGGGGGGGGGGGUUGGGUUUGGGUUUGGUGUUGUGGAUGGUGUGUUGUUGGGGGGUUGGGGUGGUGGGGGUGUGUUGGUGGGUGUGUUGGUUGGGGGGUUUGGGUUUGGGUGGUGGGGGUGGUGGUGGGUUGUGUGGUGGGGGGGUGUGUGUGGGGGGGGGUGUGGGGUUGGUGGGGGUUGUGUGGGGUGUGGGGGGUGUGUUGGUGGGGGGUUGGUGGGGGGUGUUUUUGUGGGGUGGGGGGGGGGGGGGGGUGGGGGGGGGUUGGUGGGGGUGGGUGGGUGUGGGGGGUUUGUGGGGGGUGGGUGGGGGGGGGGGGGGGGGGGGUGGGGGGGGUUGGGGGGUGGGGGGUGGUUGGGGUGGUUGGUGUGGGGUGGGGUGGGGGGGGUGGGUGGGGGGGGUUGUGGGGUGGUUUGUUUGUUUUUUUGUUUGGGGGGGGGGGGGGUGGGGGGGGGGGGGGGGGGGUGUGGGGGGGGGGGGUGUGUGGUGGGUUUGUGUGUGUUUUUGGGGUGGUUGGGGGGGGGGGGUUUGUGGGGGGGGGGGGGUGGUGGGGGGGGGGGGGGGGGGUGGGGUGGUUUUGGGGGUUGUUAUUGUGUGGGUUUGGGGGGGGGGUGGGGGGGUGGUUGUGUGUGUGUGGGGGUGGUGUGGGUUUGGGGGUGGGGGGGGUGGGGUGGGUGUUUUGGGGUGUGGGGGGGGGGGUGGGGGGGGGGGGGGGGGUUGGUGUUGGUGGGGUUGGGUUUGGGUUUUUGGUGUUAG